UAUAUUUUUAUAGGCGUCGGAAACGCUAAGUGUGAAACCGCUAAGCUAAAUUAAAAUAAAUUAAGAACUUUUUAACGUUUAGGAUACUACUUUAACUAGAAUGGGAUUAACAGAAAGACAUGGUUGGAAAAAACUCAAAUCUCAUUUUGAUGAAGAUGCAAAAACUUGGCAUAUGAGAGAUUUGUUUCAAAAAGAUCCUGAUAGAUUUAAAGCAUUUAGUGAGACAUUGAGUACUCCUCAUGGAGAGAUUUUGGUUGAUUUUUCAAAAAAUCGAAUUACAGAAACAACAUUAAGAUUACUCUUGGAGCUUGUUGAAGAAUGCCAAGUAGAAAACAUGCGCAAUCAGAUGUUUUCUGGUGAAAAUAUCAAUGUGACUGAGAAUAGAGCUGUUCUCCAUAUUGCUUUGCGAAAUCGAAGUAACACACCAAUAAUUGUUGAUGGAAAAGAUGUAAUGACUGAUGUUAACAAAGUAUUAAAAAAGAUGAAGAAGUUCUCAGAGAAAGUACGCAGUGGUUCAUGGAAAGGUUAUACUGGAGAAUCAAUUACUGAUGUUGUUAACAUUGGGAUAGGUGGAUCUGAUUUAGGUCCUUUGAUGGUUACUGAAGCAUUGAAGUCAUUUUGUGAUGGGCCAAAAGCUCAUUUUGUAUCAAACAUCGAUGGUACUCAUAUGGCUGAGACAUUAAAAAAUCUAAAUCCAGCCACAACAAUGUUUAUUGUUGCUUCUAAAACAUUUACAACUAUUGAAACCAUGACAAAUGCACAGUCAGCAAAAUCGUGGUUACUUCAAUCAUCUAAUGAUGAGUCUUCAGUGGCAAAACACUUUGUAGCUGUCUCAACUAACACUGAGAAAGUAAAAGAUUUUGGCAUUGAUGCAAAAAAUAUGUUUGUAUUUUGGGAUUGGGUUGGUGGUCGAUACUCACUAUGGUCAGCUAUUGGAUUAAGCAUUAUAUUAAGUAUUGGUAUGUCAAAUUUUGAACAAAUGCUUGAAGGAGCCCAUUUUAUGGAUAAACACUUUAAAGAAACUGAGCCAAGACAUAAUUUACCUAUAAUUUUGGGUAUGAUUGGAAUUUGGUACAACAAUUUCUUUGGCUCCCAAACACAUGCUUUGCUACCAUAUGAUCAGUAUUUGCAUAGAUUUGCUGCUUACUUCCAACAGGGUGAUAUGGAAUCAAAUGGGAAAAGUGUAACUCGAGACGGAAUUUAUGUUAACUAUAAUACUGGGCCUGUCAUUUGGGGAGAACCUGGAACCAAUGGACAACAUGCUUUUUAUCAACUUAUUCAUCAAGGAUCACGCUUAAUACCAUGUGAUUUCAUAUUACCUGUUGAAAGUUUAAAUCCUCUCUCAAAUGGAGUUCAUCACGAGAUUUUGACUGCUAAUUUCCUUGCACAAACAGAAGCACUAAUGAAGGGAAAAACUGAAGAUGAAGUUCGUCUUGAAUUGCAAAAAACAAACACCUCUCCUCAUGAAAUUGAGAAAAUACUUCCUCAUAAGCGUUUUGAAGGCAAUAGACCAACCAAUUCAAUUAUUUUUCAAAAGUUCACUCCAUUUACACUUGGUUUACUUAUAGCUUUAUACGAACACAAGAUAUUUGUUCAAGGUAUUAUCUGGAACAUAAAUUCAUUUGACCAAUGGGGAGUGGAACUUGGAAAACAACUUGCUGUCGCAAUUCAGAAAGAGCUGCAGUCGACUGUUCCAGCUACUGCACACGAUGCAUCUACAAAUGCGCUUAUAAAUUAUAUUAAGACCCAUCGAAAAUAAAAUAUCUAUAGCACGAGAAACAAACUUUUUUUUAUUUUCUCUUAAUCUUUUUUUUACAUAAAAUUCUUGUUGUUAUAAAAAAAUGCUCUUUAGUUGAAUUAUAUGUUUUGUACAAGGUUGUUUUUUAUAAAUAUUUAAAGAUAACACCAAAAACAA